GGCGCGGGGGGCGCUCCGUGAGGGCGGUACCGCCGUGUCCCCCCCGGGCGGGGAGGGAGGGACGGCCCGUCCGCAGCGCGCGUCACGUGACGGCGGCGACAGCGACGGUGACAGCGCUGGGACCGCGGCCGGGCCGCCACCGCCAUGGGCAUAAAAUUUUUAGAAGUCAUUAAGCCAUUCUGUGCAGUGUUACCUGAAAUCCAGAAACCGGAAAGAAAAAUCCAGUUCAGAGAGAAGGUACUAUGGACAGCCAUCACCCUCUUCAUUUUCUUAGUGUGCUGCCAGAUCCCUUUGUUUGGAAUCAUGUCAUCAGAUUCUGCAGACCCCUUCUAUUGGAUGAGAGUCAUUCUUGCAUCAAACAGAGGUACUUUGAUGGAACUGGGUAUCUCACCCAUUGUGACAUCAGGUUUGAUCAUGCAGCUGCUGGCAGGAGCAAAGAUCAUUGAAGUUGGUGAUACUCCAAAAGACAGAGCCUUGUUCAAUGGAGCUCAGAAAUUAUUUGGGAUGAUUAUUACCAUUGGGCAAGCCAUUGUGUAUGUUAUGACUGGAAUGUAUGGAGAUCCUGCUGAAAUGGGUGCUGGAAUUUGUCUUCUUAUUAUAAUUCAGCUGUUUGUGGCUGGUUUGAUUGUGUUGCUGCUAGAUGAGUUGCUACAGAAGGGUUAUGGAUUGGGGUCUGGUAUUUCCCUGUUUAUUGCUACCAACAUCUGUGAAACCAUUGUCUGGAAAGCUUUCAGUCCCACUACCAUCAACACUGGCAGAGGAACAGAGUUUGAGGGUGCUGUGAUUGCAUUGUUCCAUCUCCUGGCCACACGAACUGACAAGGUCCGGGCUCUGCGGGAGGCGUUUUACCGACAGAACCUGCCCAACCUCAUGAACCUGAUUGCUACAGUGUUUGUGUUUGCUGUAGUCAUCUAUUUCCAGGGGUUCAGAGUGGAUUUGCCCAUCAAGUCUGCACGGUACCGUGGGCAGUACAGCAGCUACCCCAUCAAGCUGUUCUACACCUCCAACAUUCCCAUCAUCCUGCAGUCUGCCCUGGUGUCAAACCUCUAUGUCAUUUCCCAGAUGUUGUCUGUUCGUUUCAGUGGCAACUUCUUGGUGAACUUACUGGGACAGUGGGCAGAUGUCAGUGGAGGUGGCCCUGCUCGCUCUUACCCUGUUGGUGGCCUGUGCUACUACUUGUCUCCUCCAGAAUCCAUGGGUGCAAUAUUUGAGGAUCCUGUCCAUGUAAUAGUUUAUAUAAUAUUUAUGUUGGGAUCCUGUGCAUUCUUCUCCAAGACUUGGAUCGAGGUGUCUGGCUCAUCAGCAAAAGAUGUUGCCAAGCAACUCAAAGAACAGCAAAUGGUGAUGAGAGGCCACAGGGAUACAUCCAUGGUUCAUGAGCUUAACAGAUACAUCCCUACAGCAGCUGCAUUUGGUGGUUUGUGCAUCGGUGCCCUCUCAGUACUGGCUGACUUUCUAGGAGCCAUUGGCUCUGGCACUGGCAUUCUGCUUGCAGUCACUAUUAUUUAUCAGUAUUUUGAAAUAUUUGUAAAAGAACAGGCUGAAGUUGGAGGAGUAGGUGCAUUAUUUUUCUAGAUGUCCAAAUAUUUCAUGGUUUGUGUGAAAGGGAAGGUAUUUUGACAACAUGCAUCAUUUAGUCCAAUAAUGCUCUUUUCUUUUUACUUGUUUUCAAGUGCUACGUGUCCCAUUACUGUAAUGGGCAUUGAGCAAUGCCUGUGUGCAGCAUUAGUACCAGCUGCCUUAAGAAUAAAGUUUACAUUAUCUUGUUUAAGUAUUAUCUAGUGUUGCCUGUAAUGCUGGAAACAAUUCAUCUACCUUGCUGUUCAGACACUACAGUGAGAUUGUGAAAUGUAUCAGUUUGAGAGCCGGUAAAAGUCUUUGCACAGAGCAGUAAAGUGUUAAAUUAAUUCCCCUGUCCCUAAUAGAAAAAAAACAAACCCCUGAGUUCAGAUUGCCACGUGCCAGUAUUCCUGACAAAAUUUCUUUGUAUCUGUAUUUUACAUUAAUUUUUUAUACUUUUUUAAACUGCAUUUCCCCACUACUGAACUCAGCACUCCUUAUUCCUUUGCUGUGCCUCCACCCAGGCACCUUGCUCUGAGCUCUGAGGGUGGCGAGCAAACAUUUCCUGGCUGAUACUGAUCUCACCUGUGAGCUGGCUCUGCCUGGGGGAUCUGCUGUGCCCAGGGCUCUGCCCAGCCCUGCCAGCAGUUCUGUUCAACCAUGUACUUGUGAAAACUGUGCCACUGAAACUUCAUGUCCACUACUUUGCUUUUGUGAGUCUAAAGAACGAGGCCUGGUUCCUGCAGCAGUUCAGAGGAGGGGAAAGGGGGAACGGGGAGUUCCUGCUGAAAAUUUGUCGCACUUUACAGCGGCGAUGUAACAAAUGUAAGCGUUAGACAAUAAACUUAUUUAAUUAAACUCUC